UUAAAAGUGACAAGUGCUCGCGCACACUCCGGUUGUCUCUCUGUCUCCUUCUGAGAAGUAGUGAGAAUUUGGCACUCUAUUCGGAGCUUUUCUCUGCAAGAUUUUAGUGAUCUGAAAAGUGGGAGUGAGAGAGAGGGGGGGAGAGUGACACAAUGAAUCGGAACCACCACGACCCCAAUCCAUUUGACGAGGAGGAGGUCAAUCCCUUCUCGAAAGGAGCUCCCGCUCCUGGAUCAAAGCCACGCAUUCCAUCAUUGGGACCUGAAACCUUGGGCUUUGGUCAGAAGCAUGAUGCGACGGUGGACAUACCAUUGGAUACGAUGAAAGACUCUAAAAACAAAGAGAGAGAACUUGCAGCUUGGGAAUCAGAUCUCAAAAGGCGGGAAAAGGAAAUAAGACGGAGAGAAGAUGCUGUUACUAAAGCUGGUGUCCCUAAUGAUGAUAAAAACUGGCCUCCAUUUUUUCCAAUUAUUCAUCAUGAUAUAUCCAAUGAAAUACCGGUCCAUGCUCAAAGGCUGCAGUAUCUGGCUUUUGCAAGUUGGCUAGGUAUAGUUCUUUGUCUGGUUUUUAACAUGAUUGCUGUGAUGGUGUGCUGGAUCAGAGGCGGGGGUGUCAAAAUUUUUUUCCUUUCCACAAUUUAUGCUCUACUUGGAUGCCCAAUGUCAUAUGUGCUAUGGUACAGGCCUCUGUAUCGCGCUAUGAGGACAGAUAGUGCUCUGAAAUUUGGUUGGUUUUUCCUAUUCUACUUGAUUCACAUUGGGUUUUGUAUAUUCGCUGCCAUUGCACCUCCAGUUGUCUUUCAUGGGAAGUCAUUGACGGGAAUCCUUGCUGCAAUUGAUCUCUUCAAUGGUCAUGUAAUGGUUGGGAUAUUUUACUUAGUUGGCUUUGCCUUAUUUUGCUUGGAGUCUCUUCUAAGCUUAUGGGUACUUCAGAAAAUUUACUUGUAUUUCAGGGGUGCAUCUGAAGCUGCUGAGACAAAACAAAGGUCAACCCGUUCCAAUCGCAUGAUUCUACCGUCUCUCAGUGCUCCUGAACACAAUCUUCUAAACCUACUUGAAGAGUAACGCAUCUGGGAUUCAAAACCUGGUAUUGUUUAUUGAUUGUGACACAAUUUCGAUUCAAUCAUAUGCAAUUUCACCUUCUUCUUUUUUUUUUUUACCUUUUUGUAUCUUUCUUGUAAUAUCUAUUUUCCCUUUUUUAUAUUAUUGCUUGAAUAUAUUUGUAUGUAUUUCCAAAUGAAUUAUUGCAAAGUCACACCCUGUGUACGUAUAUUUACGAAUUAUAUGGAAUUGUCGGUAUACACUCAGAGGUUCCAAGUUCCUUUUA